CGGUCAGCCUUUAACUCCUAGCGCCACGUGGCAGGGGAUGCUCGCCUCGCCGACUUCGGUUUCUCCGCCCUCCUCCAUGAAAACGAUCGGAGAGCCGGAGAAGCCCUAAUUUCCUCAAUUUCGAAACCUAAUUUCCCCUCCGAGACCGCAGCAUUAGUCCUUCGAUCGAAAUGGCGGGGGUUUCGAAUCUUGGGGUGGCGUGCGGAUGCGAGCCGAGGUGGGUGGUUGUUGGUGGAGGAAAGGGGAUGGGGAUCGCCGCUGCUGCCUCUAGCGAUCGAAGCGUGAUUCGUCGCAUUUUGAGGCCUUCGAAGGCUGAGCCACACUAUGUUGGUCGAUUAUUUGCAAACAGUUCCAGGAUAAAACCUCUGGAAUCCCGCCGAAGCUCUUGCACUCGUACGGCUUUACUAGACCAGAAAAUUGUUCAGCAUCCAGAUGUCGCCAAAUCUAGUGGAGUGCUGGCUUAUGAUCUGGUUCAAGGAAGCCUUGUCGAGUGGAAUUCUUUUAUGGACAAGUCAGUACCUGAUCCCCCUACUGCUGUUCUCCUGCAUGGAAUUCUUGGUGGGAGGAAGAAUUGGGGAUCUUUUGCAAGGAGAUUGGCUCAAGAAUUUCCCAUGUGGCAGUUUCUUUUGGUUGAUUUGCGUUGUCAUGGUGAUUCGGCAUCAAUUAAGAAGCAUGGACCGCAUACUGUUGCUUCAGCUGCUCUUGAUGUUCUAAAGCUUGUGGCACAACUCAGAGUAACCCCUCGAGUCUUAGUUGGUCAUAGUUUUGGUGGCAAAGUUGCCUUAAGCAUGGUGGAACAAGCUGCAAAACCUCUUGCUCGACCUGUCAGGGUCUGGGUUCUUGAUGCUACUCCUGGGAAAGUUCGCCCAAGUGGAGAUGGUGAAGAUCAUCCUCGUGAACUGAUUUCUUUUCUAAGUAGCAUGCCACAAAAGGUUUCCUCAAAGCAUGAAGUGGUGAAUGCUCUAGUUCGAGAAGGAUUUUCUACAGAUGUAGCAAGGUGGGUGGCAACAAAUCUCCGGCCAGUUAGUCAGCCUGGUCCAUCAUCAUCACCAGGCUUCUCUUGGAUUUUUGACCUCAAGGGGAUUGCUGAGAUGUACAAGUCAUAUGAAGAAACAAUUCUCUGGGAAACUGUGGAGAAUGUGCCCCGGGGGGUUCAUGUGAAUUUCUUGAAAGCUGAAAGAAGUUUGCACAGAUGGGCUCUUGAAGAUCUUCAAAGGAUUCAUGCUGCAGAGGAGUUGGCUGCAGAUGAGGGUGCUGGAGUUGAGAUGCAUGUACUUGAAGAUGCUGGACACUGGGUGCAUGCAGAUAACCCGGACGGUCUCUUUCGGAUUCUUUCAUCGUCCUUCCAGCUACUGAGACCCAGUAACUGAUAUGUGCUAUUUGGGCUCAGACAUACACGCUGCAAUAUGGAGGCCAUGCCACUUGACAGAAAAGUAGAAUAGGAAGUACACUGCAAAGUUUUUUCCCAAAAGCACAAGUUAAUUCAUUGGUCCAUUUAACCAUGUAUGAUUGAUUUUCUGCCCUUUUUUCUGCCGAUUUAUAAUCUAUUCAAUUAUAUCUGAUGGCAUCUCUCUUCUAAUGAUAUGUUCUGCU